GAACUGAAACUCAAACCAUUCAUUCCUCUCUGCGUCUUCAAGCAAUUGCCUUUUACUUCAAAUUUCAUAACUAAGUGAAGGAUCUUUCCGUCGUCCAUGAGUUUUCAAGACAUCCAAGGUGGACCCCACCCUCAAUAUCGCCGGAACCAGUCGCCGGCGCAGGCCGUCGCUGCCGGAAUUUUCCAGAUCAACACUUCCGUCGCCACUUUCCGGCGACUCGUUGAUGCCGUCGGAACCGUUAAAGACACUCCCGAACACCGUCAGAAGCUGCACAAUACGAGGCAGAGGAUAUUGCAACAGGUGAAGGAUACUUCUGCUAAGCUCAAAUCCUUGAGUGAAUCUGAUCGUGGUGCUAAUUCCAAUGCUAGUCAGAAAAUUGAAGAUGCUAAGCUUGCUAGAGAUUUUCAAACGACAUUGCAAGAGUUUCAGAAAGUACAACAGCUUGCUUCUGAGCGAGAAUCUGCUUACACCCCUGCCUCCGCCUCUUCUACUUUACCAAUAAGCUCUGGCUCUGGUGAAGAAUCGACUGGAAUAGAUGUCGAAAGUCAACCUUUUAUUAGAGAGCAGAAGAGGCAAGAGAUACUUCUAUUGGAUAAUGAAAUAUCAUUCAACGAGGCCAUGAUUGAUGAAAGAGAACAAGGAAUUAGAGAGGUAGAAGAGCAAAUUGGACAAGCAAAUGAAAUAUUCAAGGACCUUGCUGUUCUUGUUCAUGAUCAGGGAGUUGUUAUUGAUGACAUUCAAUCAAAUAUUGAUGCUUCUGCUGGUGCAACAACCCAAGCUAGGGUCCAGCUAGCCAAGGCUUCCAAAAGUGUGAAAACCAGAACCUCAUGGUGUUGGUGGGUGCUUGUAAUUGUUGUUGUUGUGCUGGUCAUAUUACUUAUUGUACUCAUUCUUUAGUGUGCAAGUGCAUACAACUGGGACGGAUUUUUUGUCCCGUAUUUGGUGUGUUUUGCGGUGUGAAGAGUACAGCAAUGCAGUUUGAUAUAUUGACUGCAUCUGCAGCUGGAAGUUGGAAGAGGAUAGUGAGGCAAAGUGGUUUUAUUAAGAAAUAUUGUCUUGUGUGUAAUAUUGACUAGUUCGUGAAUACACAAGGAAAAAAAUGAGAGAACUCAUGAAGAAUCACAAGCUGUGUAUGAUAAGGAACAAAGGAACUUCUUUACUAAAAAAAUAAGUCUUUGUUUUCUUUCUUUAA